GGAGUUCAUGUUCCUGGAAUAGGAAUAACAAAAAGUGGAGUUGGACAAUAGAGUAAUUUCAGGCAGCAGAAUUUCCCGCCAAAACAGACGCCUUGAUCUAGCAUCGUGGCUCCUCCACACUCCGCUGUGUGGUGUGUUUAGUGUUUCGAGUGAGAGAAAGGUUUAGCAAUCAGCAGAGCUGAAUAAUCGAUUAUCAGCAGCAAAGCAAAAGGCUAAUUCCGAUGUCCAAGAAGCGAGGUCUUUCUUUGGAAGAGAAGCGCGAGAAGAUUCUUCAGAUCUUUUAUGAUUCACAAGACUUUUUCCUCCUAAAGGAACUUGAGAAAUUGGGCCCCAAGAAAGGUGUGAUUAGCCAGUCCGUGAAAGAUGUUGUCCAGAGUUUAGUGGAUGAUGACCUUGCUUCCAAAGACAAGAUCGGGACUUCUGUCUACUUUUGGAGUCUUCCUAGCUGUGCUGGAAAUCAGAUGAGGACUGUGUGCCGCAAACUUGAUUCUGAUUUACAAAGCAGUAAGAAGCGGCAUGCAGAACUUGUUGAUCAGUGUGAUGCAUUAAAGAAAGGACGCGAGGAAUCUGAUGAACGAGAAGAGGCUUUGGCUGAGCUGAAAACCAUUGAAAUGAAGUAUAACGAACUGAAGGAGGAGAUGGAGAAGUAUGCAGACAAUGAUCCUGCUGCCGUUCAAGCAAUGAAGGAAGCUAUUGAAGUUGCCCAUGUGGCAGCAAAUAGAUGGACAGAUAACAUUUUCACAUUGCGACAAUGGUGUUCAAACAAUUUCCCUCAGGCCAAGGAGCAGCUUGAAAAUAUGUAUCAGGAGGCAGGAAUAACAGAUGAAUUUGACUAUUUGGAGCUUCUACCAGUUAUUUCAGUCAACGCCGUUCCUGAUCAGAUGCUGGAAGGCGACCCUUGAGUGAAGUUAUUCAGAUGCCUUCUUCCUAGAUUUUCAGUUGCAGAUGUUGUUCGGAUCGCUGGUGUCUGAGGCAGGCUAGCUCGAGCUACCUGUUCUUUACCUUUGAAGUGGUUUGUCUGUGGUUACUUUCCUUUUCCUUUGGCAUAGAGUUUAUUAAUGAACCUUUACAAGUACACGAAAAAAAAAAUAAAAAAAAUGCAGCACUGUCAGUCGCUUGAUCAUGAGUUCAACAUUGGGCGACAAGUUUUUCUUUUCUAA